AUGCCGUAUCUUGAUCAUGCUGGUGCAGCUCUUCCUUCGGAACAGCAGCUUAGAGAAGUAUACGAGUUAGCCCUUUCUAUACCUAUGGCUAAUCCCCAUUCACAUCAUUCAACGGCUGCUGCUACACAUCUAAUGGUGGAAAAUGCCCGACUUCGCAACCACUCUCAUUUUAUGGUUUUGGAACAUUUCGACGUCACGCCAGAAGAAUACGCUGUAGUUUUCACUGCGAAUGCCACUCAUGCACUUCAGAUGGUGGCAGAGUCUUUCAUUUUUGAAAGAAAAACUUCCUCAUCUGUGCAGAUCGGAUCAAUCGACAAUGGAACAGGCUGGUCGGUCUGUUUGGACGCAGCUUCCUUCGUGUCCACAUCAUCCCUUUCUCUCGCCGAAUAUCGGCCACAUUUCGUGGCUCUUUCGUUUUACAAGAUGUUUGGAUAUCCAACCGGAGUUGGUGCACUUCUCAUACGAAAAGUUUCAGAUGCUGUUGAGCGCUUGAAACCUCGAGCUUUCGCUGGAGGGACAGUCAGUCAAAUUUUAGUCGACGAACUUCAUUCGGUUACGAGGAAGAAGAUUGAAGGAAGAUUCGAAUAUGGCACUCUAAACUAUUACGCCAUUUGCGCUCUUACCAAAGGAUUCAAAGACCUAAAGCGAUACGGUAACCAAGAGGGAAAGGAGUGUAGAGACAGGAAGGAUGUCAUUAAUGGGCGGCCAACGGGUGCGAUUGACGAGCCCAUCUCAGAACUCACGUUAUCCAAUGCGGAUGAUCCUACUUCGUUAGUGAAGCUACCCCUCCUCACUACUGAGAAAUCUUUUGAGUCUGGAUUUGUCUGUGUAAAUAAUGUGCAAACAUCUGAAUGUACAACGGAGGCAUCUAAAUGGUUAACAUCGUUCUUAGGUUUGCCUGAAUGUACGCUGCGACGUGUAAAACAAGACUCGAGCAGGAGUUUAUCGAAUGAAGCCCCGUAUCUUGUAAUUAAUGAGGCUUCCAUAAAAAUUCUAGCUGAUGCUGUUGGACUAACGAUAGAGGAGACUAUUGACCGGUUUCGUCCUAAUAUAGUAGUAAAGGGACUUCCACCAUUUAUUGAAGAUACCGCUAAAAGAAUGUCUAUCGACGAAUUUCAAUUUGAGGUAAUUAAGAAAUGCACGCGAUGUGAAAUGAUUUGUGUUAAUCCAAAUUCUGGAACGAAAGAACCGCAGCUAAUUGUCGCAUUGAGGAAUUUCCGUCAACGAAAGAAGGUACUGCCUUUUUCUAUGCAAAUGUAUAAACAGCUGCGCUUUCCUCUCUAG